AGCGGAGCCACUGGUGCAUCAUUAGUGCAUUGCUCCCAUGGGUUCGGGGCCCAUGUCUUGUCUGCACAGGGAGGAGGGUGGAGAAGAGGAUUCACGUGCUUAUGUCUCAUCUGAGCCCCAUGUGAUGGUGGAGAACGACAAGGUGGAGCGCUCCCAUUCAUCAGAGAUGGAGGAUAGCGAUGAUGAGGAUGCUUAUGACAAGAGCUCUGAGGAGCUUUGGCCUGUACUGAAGCUUCAGGGGAAACUCGAGGCCUUAUCAAAGCGGUCGCCGGCCCUUGAAGAACGACGUUUGGCAGUGCUGCUGACCACAGGUGCUAUGAAUCCUUUGCACCGUGGACAUGCGCAGCUCAUACACCAGGCAGUCGAUCGACUUCACAAAGAAGGAUAUGAUGUGGUGGGCGCGUGGCUAUCACCUUCACAUGAUGGUUAUGUGCAGCCCAAGGCACUCAAGAUGGGUACCAUUGGUUUAUCUGCACUUUUUCGAUUGGAGGCAGCACGACGUGCUGUCUUGGAGGAUGAGCUGUUAUCCAUUGGCAGCUGGGAGGCAAAGAAGCCUGGACGGUGGCCAGACUAUCCGGAGGUUGCAAUGGCCCUCCAACGGAAGCUGCGGAAAGUGGAAAAGGCUUGGAACCUGACACAAGGCUUCAAGGUCUUUUAUGCCUGUGGUACAGAUCAUGCCACCAACCAGGGAUUGUAUCGUGGGUUCCUCACGGACAGGGGCUUUGGCGUAGUCAUCGUCCCGCGUUUGGGAGAAGAGGCAAAGAAAGAACAGCCCGAGAGGAAUGUCUUCGUGGCUGAACGCAUUGAUGGCGAAGGUGCGGGCUACAACUCCACAAUGAUCCGCUCGGCGUUGAAGAUUCACCGUCACAGUGUGGUCACAAAGACACUGCCGAACCAGGCUGCAGACUUCCUUCUGCGGCCGAGCAGCCAGGACUACAGCGCUUUCCGUGAGGACUUCGAAAAGCUUGGCCUGGCUGGAGCCUGAAUGAGUGAGAGGGUGGGUACAGAUGCCCUCGAGUGCCCCCCAGUAGCUUCUUGCUACUAGUAGGGAUGCACUUGUUACUAGCAGCGAGUCAAGCCUAAUGAUGUGCAUCGAAUUCUGUCCCACUCCCACUACUCUGAAUGGAACAUCAAGGCACAUGAAGUAUCAAGUCGUCGUGUUGCCUGCUUUGAGGGUAACGCAACAUCAAUUGUAUCCUUUUUGAUGAGGAACGAAUCAGCACAAAGGAUGCCUGCCAAAGAAUCUCAAAAACGAAACGCUCAGACGAACAUUGAUGCUUCGGCAGGCUCGUUGAUACUCCUACUGCGGGAAGACCCUGUACUGUUAGAGAUCAUGCAAAUCUAGGUGGCCUUCAGCGGGCACCUCUGACCAGGGCAGGAUUCCGAAUGGCUUUUGCAGGAGUUAAUUAUGCAGUAUACCUUCAGUCUUGUUUGAAAGUCCAGGUGGCUGUGGGAGUAGAGGCUCACACAUGGAAAGUGCAGAUUCAAUCCAAGGAAGAUCAAUCAUGGUCAGCUAGACAUGCUAGACUCACUCUGAUCAAGUGGACUUUGGCACCUGACCUUGUGUUCCUUUUCCAAUAUUUCACGGCCUAUAUUAUUUACAUCAAACACGUGUUCCUCGCCAAGGAUUAUGGCACUUUGCCGAGUACCUCAAAGUCUUGAGUCAUGAGCGAGUUUGCUUGGCAAUUCACGGGGUCUUCCUGCGAAAUCCAAGAACAUUAUUGUGUGUGUUUGGAUGCUUUUUUG